GGCGUUUGCCUCAGCUGGGCAGAGCUAACGUUACAGUGGCAGCAGCAGCAGCAGCAGGUCACACAGCGAUACAAAGCACAGAAGGAAAAGAACCGGGAAGGAGCCGCUUCCAUCACCUUGUGGAAUACAAAAUAGAAUUUUAUUGAAACGUCUGCAUCGCGCCGAGUUAGUAGCAGCCUUGUUUAAACUUGCAACAUCAGCAGCUGACUAGUUAGGUUAGUUAACUGCCUGGCCAUCCUGCCAGCCGGGUUGCCCUUGCUAGGAGCUGUAGCAGUUAACUUAGCUUAGCUGUUUGCAGUCUGGCUAACCGGGAAGAGCUUCCAAGAUGAGGCUGAAAGUAGGAUUUAUUCUACGGAGUUUGCUUGUCAUUGGGACGUUUCUCGGCUUAGUGGUCCUCUGGUCCUCUCUGUCGCCGAAACCCAACGAUGAAAACCCCUUUGGAAAACGGGAUGACCGUUUGCUUCCCAAAGGAGAGCCAGCAGAUCCCUUCAAGCCUGUGGUGCCCUGGCCUCAUGUGGAGGGGGUGGAGGUUGACCUCAACUCCAUCAGACUCAACCACAGAGGGGACAACCAUCCCCAGAACCCUGACCAGCAGCCCAACCAGAAGCAGGUGAUCCAGCAGCAGUAUGUGACAUUCAGACCCCACACACACGCCUACAGCAGCCCCAUCCUGAAGAAAGGGAUUCUGGGAAACUUUGAGCCCAAGGAACCUGAACCUCCGGGGGUCCCCAGCGGUCCUGGUGAGGGAGCCAAGCCUUUUGUCCUGGGUCCGGAGUACAAAGACUCCGUCCAGACUUCCAUCAAAGAGUUUGGCUUCAACAUGGUGGCUAGUGAUAUGAUCUCACUCGACAGAACCAUCAGUGAUAUACGCCAUGAAGAGUGUAAGUACUGGCAUUAUGACGACAGACUGCUGACUUCCAGUGUGGUGAUAGUCUUCCAUAAUGAAGGCUGGUCUACACUGAUGAGAACUGUCCACAGUGUCAUCAAGAGGACUCCCAGGAAAUACCUGGCUGAGAUAGUCAUGAUCGAUGACUUCAGCAACAAAGCCCAUCUGAAGGAGCGUUUGGAGGAUUACAUCAAGCAGUGGAACGGUCUUGUAAAACUGUUCAGAAAUGAGAAGAGAGAAGGACUGAUCCAGGCCAGAAGUAUAGGAGCCAAGAAGGCCAGUAAAGGACAGGUACUCAUCUACCUUGAUGCUCAUUGUGAGGUUGGCAUCAACUGGUAUGCUCCUCUGGUUGCUCCUAUCUCAAAAGACAGGACAGUGUGUACAGUACCACUGAUAGACUAUAUAGAUGGUAAUGAGUACACUAUGGAGCCCCAGCAGGGAGGCGAUGAGGACGGCCUGGCUAGAGGAGCAUGGGAUUGGAGCCUGCUCUGGAAGAGAGUGCCACUUAGCCAGAGAGAGAAGGCCAACAGAAAACAUACCACGCAGCCCUACCGAACGGUGUGUACGGUGCCUCUGAUCGACUCCAUCCAUGGCCAGAUGUUCACCAUCGAGCCCCAGGGUGGAGGUGACGAGAACGGCUUUGCUAGAGGAGCCUGGGAUUGGAGCAUGCUCUGGAAGAGAGUUCCUCUGGGAGACAGAGAAAAAAAACUCCGCAAAACAGAGACUGAGCCAUAUAGGUCUCCAGCCAUGGCAGGUGGUCUCUUUGCUAUAGAGAGAGACUUCUUCUUUGAGCUGGGUCUGUAUGACCCAGGACUGCAGAUAUGGGGAGGAGAGAAUUUUGAAAUAUCAUACAAGAUUUGGCAGUGUGGUGGCCAGCUGCUCUUCGUACCGUGUUCUCGUGUCGGCCAUAUCUACAGACUUCACGGAUGGCAAGGCAACCCUCCACCUGCACAUGUUGGAUCCUCACCCACUCUGAAGAACUAUGUUCGUGUAGUGGAGGUAUGGUGGGAUGAAUAUAAGGACUACUUUUAUGCCAGUCGUCCAGAAACUCUCACUCUCGCCUACGGAGACAUCAGUGAGCUUAAACGCUUCAGGGAGGACCAUCGAUGCAAGAGCUUCAAGUGGUUCAUGGAGGAAAUAGCCUAUGACAUUCCACUGCACUACCCUCUGCCUCCUAAAAAUGUGGAAUGGGGGGAGAUUCGGGGCUUUGAGACAAGUUACUGUAUCGACAGUAUGGGACACACCAAUGGAGGCAAUGUGGAAAUAGGACCGUGCCACAGGAUGGGGGGCAACCAGUUGUUCCGUAUCAAUGAAGCCAACCAGUUGAUGCAGUACGACCAGUGCCUGACCAGAGAAGGUGAUAAUUCAGCAGUCAUCAUCACACACUGUGAUCAGAACCAGCACACUGAGUGGAAGUACUUCAAGGAUCUUCAUCGGUUCACUCACAUGCCGACAGGGAAAUGUCUGGACCGCUCCGACCUCCUCCACAAAGUGUUUAUAUCAGACUGUGACACCAAUAAAACCACUCAGAAAUGGGAGAUGAACAACAUAGUGGCUGUAUGAAGACUGGCGCUUGGAGAGAAACAUAGUGACACAUACACACUGAGCAACACAUCCGUUUACAGAAAUCCUUUAAAGAAUGAGCUUUUUGAUACGAGCCCGUGUCAGUGCACCUGGGGUCCACAUGGUCAAAUUUAAAGAUACUGAGUGUGGACGGUUAACAGCUUCAACCCAAAUCUGUUGGUAUCGGCCAAAAUAUGCCUUUGUCAGACUCAAGGUCAUUCAUUGUACAGACACUCCAGGUGGCAGAUGAACUGGUUGUUGAGGCUGGUAGCUACAGGGCCUCAGAAUAACCUGUUGGACAAACACUGAACCGGAAACAUGACACAUCUCUGUCCUUCAUUGUGUUGAUACCCUGUCUCUCUAUCUGUUCUUCUGGGCUCUCAGGUCUUUUCUAAACCACUACAUUGAUUAUUGAAAUUAACUCAACUAUUGAACAGUCAUGCUCUGCUAUUAGGUCUCUUCAAUCUAAUCCAAAAACUGAUUUGCUCACUCACCAAAGAGUCCAUUUUUAAUGGUGGAGGAUUCAGUCGCAUCAUCAGUGUGUUUAAGCGGCUGGCGAGGUGGUACAUACACUGGCAGGGUAAGAACAGGGUGUCAAAAACAAAGCAUUUAUUAGAAGUAUCUAAAAAAGAACUCUCAGGUGAGCCAAAUCUGUGGAAGAGACGAGGAGUGAAUAAAUGGAGAAGCACAAUCAGGUCUCCGUUUUUGAAAGUGUUGUGUGAUGGUGUCAUGCUGAUAUGUAAAAGUCCUGGCUUGUAUUUAUAUGUAAACAAUCAACAUAUAACAUUUUUUAUGCUCUCCUCCUGUUUGCUCAUCUGUAUCUUUAGAGUCAUUAGGCCAACGUGGCCUUGUCAGUCAGAGUACAUCAUCCUUCAUCUUGGACCAGACAAAAUGUGGAGAGGCACACGCUGAACAGGCUAAAAGGAAACUGACAUUGAAUUAUUUGUUCAUUCUUCACAUUUAUGUUUUUA